AUGUCGCUUAUAGCAGUUGGACAAGGAAAGGCAAGAGAUUGCUGCGAAAGCUGUGCUCGAUUUCCUGCGCUAAGAAAGGGGAGUGCCCUAUUUACCAAGAAGCUGCAGGCCAACUCGGAAAAGAAGGAGUUGCUAUCGAAUUCGAAUAGGCUUAAGAAAAGGCUGUCACAGAGAAGGAGCAAAGUAAAGGGAGGAAGGAAAUGGGCAAAUAGAAAAGCAAAGGCUAAAGCCCAUACCAUACUGAAAUGUGUGAAUUCUAACUGUCUUGCUUCUGAAAAGCUUUACUUCUUGGGUACGAAACUUUUGUUUCAGCUAUCAUUCGAUCUCGAAAGAGUGCCUUUUGGCUUUAUCCUUGUUGGGUCUGGGCUAAUUCUUGAAAUCAGCAGCAGCUACUCCUACAACUACUUUAACAGAAAAACUACUGAUUCUCAUCCUCAAGCCAACUCGUUUUCUUUACAUCAGGGUGGGUCAAGAGCGGCGGGAUCGGGAUAG